AUGCUACUUUUUGCACCGACAGAUAAAAUUAGCCUUUUAAAAGAUUUUGAAGAGGUUGGUUCACUUGCUGCAGCUCGUGCAGCUCAGGGGUUCAAUAUUGCAUGGGGAUUUAAGGGAGAGCUGGAAAAGCUGAUGUCAAACAUUCAAGCAGUGCUACAAGUUGCUGAAGAAAGACAAAUUACGGUUGAUAUGUGGAGGUUUUGGUUGGAUGAGGUUCGAGACAGAGCUUACCAAGCUCAAGAUGUGCUGGAUGAGCUUGGUUAUGAGAUUAUUCAACGGCAGCUAGAGACUCAAGACAGUAUGAAAGGGAAGGUAUGUAGCUUCUUCUCUCUCUCCAACCCAAUAGCAUUUGGUCUGAGGUUGACCCAAGAACUUCAAAAGAUCAAUGAGUGCUUUGAUGAGCUUCGAGAAAUAGCAACUUCGUAUGGGCGUAUAGUUCUAUCUGCAGAUACAACUCCUCAACCUAGACGCCACUCAAUGACAGACUCUUUCUUUUUCCUCUCAGAAGUUGUCGAAGGAAGGGGUGAUGAUGUCUCUAAAAUUAUUAACUUGUUGAUUAGUUCUUGCAGUCAACGAGUUCUUUCUGUCAUUCCUAUAGUGGGAAUGGCCAGGCUCGGAAAGACUACUGUAGCAAAAAUGGUGCACCGAGAAGUUAAAGACAGAAAACUUUUUGAUGUAACAUUUUGGAUUUGUGUUUCUGAUAGUUUUGACGAUGAAUGGAUUUUAGGAGAAAUGCUGCUAACUCUUGAUAAAAACACUGAUGGGAUAACUGGAAUGGAUGCAAUAAUGACACAUCUUCGAGAAGAGUUAGAGACUAAAACAUUUCUUCUCAUACUUGAUGAUGUGUGGAACGAAGAUUAUGAGAGGUGGAAGAUUUUAAAGGAUUGUCUAUUAAAAAUUAGUGGUAAUAAUAGGAAUGUUGUUGUUGUUACUACUCGUAGUAGACUAACAGCAUCAAUAAUGGAGAGUCAGACUGCAUGUAGUCAUGAGCUGAAACAACUGUCAAAUAAUGAAUGUUGGUCAAUUAUUAGGGAAAUAGUGUCUAGAAAUGGAGAGUCGAUUCCUUCAGAAUUGGAGGCUAUCGGAAUAGAUAUUGCAAAAAAGUGUGGGGGGGUGCCAGUAGUUGCUAGAGUUUUAGGGAGUAUGUUGUUUCGUGAAAAGGACAAGGAUAAAUGGAGUUCAAUAAGAGACAGUGAUGCUGUUGAGAUGUCAAGACACUAUGAUCAAGUUUUACAACUAUUGAAAUUAAGUUUCGAUCAUUUGCCUUCUACUUCUCUGCAACGCUGUUUUUCUUAUUGUUCUAUUUUUCCUAAAGAUUUUGAGAUUGAAAAGGAGAAACUGAUUCAGCUUUGGAUGGCUGAAGGGUUUCUUGGGUCAUCUGUUCAUUGGGAGAUGGAAGAUGAAGGAGAUAGAAACUUUAAUGUCCUGCUUGCACGUUCGUUUUUCCAAGAUUUCCAAACGGAUGAGCUUGGGAAUGUAAUGUGUUGCAAGAUGCCCAAUCUUGUGCACGAUCUAGCUUUGAUGGUGACAAAAUCGGAGACAGUGAUUCAGAAGCCUGGCUCAGCUAUAGACGGUACAUUUAUAAGACAUCUAAAUCUCAUUUCUUCUGAUGAGAGAAAUGGACCAACAUUUCUAUAUGAUGGUAGAAAAUUGCGUACAUUAUUCUCAAGAUUCCUUGACAAGUCUUGGGAAUUUAGAGCUUUGCGAAGUCUGACCUUGAAUGAUGCUCGUAUGACAGAGUUGCCAGAUUCAAUUUGCAGGCUGAAACAUUUGAGGUAUCUCGACGUUUCACGAACAGAUAUCAAAGCGCUUCCAAAAUCCAUCACGAAGCUCUAUCAUUUGCAAACCUUAAGAUUCAGCGACUGCGGGUCACUCAUAAAGCUUCCCAACAAAAUGGAAUAUUUGGUGGGCUUGAGACAUAUUGACUUUAGUCAUACGCCAGCUGAUGUUGGAUGCUUAACUGGUCUUCGAUCACUGCCAUUCUUUGAAGUGGGUCAGGAUAAGGGCCACAAAAUUGAAGAACUGGGAUGCUUGAAGGAACUAAGAGGGAGGUUGAGAAUAGUCAAUCUGGAGCAUGUAAGAGACAAAGAAGAAGCCAAGGGAGCAAACCUGUCUGGAAAAGAAAAUAUUAACACAUUGGUAUUUGUAUGGAGUUCAGAAAGAGAAAGCAGCAGCUCCAGCAUCAAUUACAAGGAUGUGUUGGAAGGCCUCCAGCCUCACCCAGACAUACGAAGCUUAGAGAUUGAGAAUUAUCAGGGUGAUGAAUUCCCACCAUGGUUUUUGAUGCCAAUACUCAAUAAUUUGGUGGUGCUGAAAUUGAAAGGCUGUAAAAAACUUCCUCCAGCAGGACUGUUAAAAUAA